GAAAACAUCGUUCAGAACUACAUUCCAUGUUCAUAAUUUUUUUUCUUUUUACAAGCCUUCGUGAGGUAAUUCACAUCGCUUAUAUGUUAUUCAUUUAUUGUUUUUUUUUUUAUUCCUAAUGAGAAAAGGUGGUCGUAUAACUUAUCUACAAAGAGUACAGCUUUUUAUUCUUUUGAUUGAAAUGAAAGCAAAAUUUUAUUGCCAUUGCUAUUACAGCCAUUGCUAUUACAGCCAUUGCUAUUACAGCCAUUGCUAUUGCAGCCAUUGCUUUUUUUUGGUGCUAACAGUAAAGGUACUUUUUUUUAGAAUAUAUUUAGAAUAUAUUUAAAAUAUAUGUAAAGUAUAUUUAAAGUAUAUUUGUAAUUUUUACCUGAUAUCCUUUUAUUUAAACUAAUUUUUUGUCAAAUAUUUUUGGCUAAAAAUUUAGCAAACAUGUUUUUCAUGUAAUUUUUUGCUGUACCUAUUUUUAUAACAGUACUUGAUUUACCAAAAUCGUUACUGUAAGUUUGAAGAUGUUUUUAAUUUAGAAAAGAACAAAAAAAAAAAAAAAAAAUGGUUAACUCAAUUGAUUGUUUUAAUAAGGUUGCAUCUUCCGAAGGAUGCACAAAUUCUUUUAAAAAUUCGGAAAAGGCAAAUAUGCAUAACGCCAGGAAUAGAUGCAUAAAAGAGAAAAACAUGCCCCUCUACAUCAUGAAGGUGUUUACUGUUGCUCUGUUCAUUUGGAUGUGCCAUUAUAGCGACGACUCCACCUGUGGUAAGUCCCUGAACAAAAAGAAGAGCCUGGGAAAUCCCUCCGAGCUGAGAAAUAGCAGAAUUAUUGCAGCGGUUGAUUAUGAUUCAGAACAGAGAGCUGCCGGUCCGAGUCAUCGCGCGUCGGAUAAUGAGAAGAGCUCUAUGUGCGAAACUACUGAAACAGAACUCGCAGAAAAGAAAAGGAAAAAAGCGUUAAAAAAAAAACUAAAAAAAAAAAAAUUAAAGCGUCCUAGAGGAAAAAAAACCGUUUUCGUAGAAAACGACUUUGUACCAGGGGGUGUAAGAUCGGAAUAUCUCGAAAAGGAAAAUUUAACAACUCAAGAAAAAGACAAUGAAGAUUCAGAUGUGGAGAGUGCCAAACAAGAGAAUGGAGAAAUGUGGUAUGUGGAAGAUGAAAGUGGAGACUGGGAACUAGCCGGAACAGAAAACACAGAACAACAAAAAGGAGAAUGUUCAUAUGUGAAUAACGAAAAUAAAGAAUGGGCAGAUUCAGAUACGGAGGGUGUAGAAAAUGAAUAUAUAAAAUUACUAAACGGAGAAGUUAGCUACCUUGAAGAUGUAUUUCCCGAUGAGGAAGAAAACGGAAAGAAAAGAAGGAAAAGAUCUAAGAAAAAAUCGAAAAAGAAACCCAGAAAAAAAAAAACAUUAUAUGUGGAAGGGAAUUCAGAACUGAAAAAUGGUGAAGCAGGAAAUGCAAAAAUAGAAGACUUAGAUUCGAUAUUGUCGGAAAUAAUUCAACAAUCAGAAAAUAAAGAAGCAAAAAAAGGAGGAAAAAGGAAAGGAAAGAAAAAGGGUGUAUCUAAGGAUACGAAAUCGCAGUAUGAUUCAAACAGCGAAUCUAACAUGGAAUCAUAUCGUGAAUCCAACAGUGAAUCGAACAUGGAAUCAAACAGCGAAUCAAACAGCGAAUCAAACAAUGAAUCGAACAGUGAAUCAAAUGGUGAACCGAAGAAGGGAUUGAAGAAUGGAUUAAAAAAAAGAAACAGAAGAAAAAGAAGAAAACUUAAUAAAAAGAGAAGAAAAUCGGAAAUUGCAAGAGCUGUGAAAUACUUAUCAGACUGUACAGAUAUUGAUGAAGCUAAAAAAGAAGAAUUAAAAAAGGCGAAAUAUUUUAAUAAAAAGUCAAAUAAUAAAGAAUCAGGCAGUACGCAAGGUGAUCUGUCAGAUUGCGCUGAAGGAAAGAAAAAGAGCUCAAAGAGUAGAAAAAGAAUAAAAUUGGAUAACACGGAAGUUAAUUUAUCAGAUUGCACUGCCUGUUCUGGAUCAGGAACUGCAGAUUUAGCAUGUAAUAAAACCGAACGCGCUGAAACGGAAGAUAAAUACGCAGAAAAUAGAGACACAGAAAAUGAAGAGUUGAAACGCGCGGAAUGCAAUGCCGGAAAUUAG